AUGAUCACACUAUUUUCGAGGAGGGCGAUGCUCCCACUCAUCGUCAUUUUCUGCUUGCUUUUUGUUUCCAACAAUAUACGCAAGAUCCCGUUGCACAGUUCAGUUCAGUUCUAUAAAUUCGUAUCUCAAGUCCCUAUUCCACUCAAAACAAACAACGAAUCUCCAAUUCAUCUUGCCCUCCCCAAAUCAAGUCAUGGUGGAAACACCGAUCCAACUACUCAAAAUUCCCAGAUACCUUUGAAAAAAAUACCAUCCGCACUUCUGGAGUUUACAGCUUGUUCUUUGUCACCCAAUCGAUACACGAACCACAUAAGAUUGCCCAAUCUGCUGUACAACAUUUCCAUGAGUCCCAAAUCUGGUGAAGCUUUCGACAACCGCACUUUCUGGAACCCCACCAUUCUUGCUCUCCCUUACUGGGCGAAAAAUCAGUACCUCCUCAUCUCAAUGGUGACUCCGGAUGCUGACCCUUACCGCCGCAACGUCAUGUGCGAGGCGAAUAUUUGCUAUCCAAAAUCGCAAAAACCAAAGACGACGCGAGAAAGGACAUGCUCGGAUGAAGAUCUCGCUUUUCUAGGACGGAAUGGGGGAUUGCGAUGUGUGAAUCCACCUGUCGAGUUGAAUGUGCCGCCAACACCUGCUGCAAAAUGUGAUGGAGAAGCUCAAGUGUUCUCGGAUAUUCCUGGUUUUCACGAUCCCAGGAUCUUUUAUACCGGACGUGGGGAACCAAUUCUGAUGAUGUCAUCUCAGUGCGUAUCGAACAAUCAUGUUCCCCCCAUAACAUCCAUUAAUCCAUCCUCUCAGAUCCCAAUACGCCUGCAUAGGCCUCUGGGUUCUAGACCUCCGCGCCCUCUAUCCCCAACUCAACAACCUUUUUUCCUCCUCUCCCAAACGCCUCGGACCCGGCCCCGUAAUCUCCUACCCAACACUCACCGAACUAACAAAAAACCCCUCUUCGGCUCGCCAGCCAUAUGAGAAGAAUUGGGUCAUAUUUUCCACGUCCCCAUCAACAUCCUACAUCCAGUACGAAGUAAACAGCAGCAGUCGCACAAUCGCGAAACUGAUCGGGGGCGGAUUGACAACGACGAACAUUACAAGCCCUCUCGAACAAUCUUGUCUCCUACCCCCAACGGCUUCGGAAUUGGAGUCUGGGAAGUAUAAAGAGAGUGCCAAAUGGCAUCAAACUACACCCUCGCUAAAACUAAUUCUCUGUACUCGGGGGAAUAAGACUUGCCAUAAUCAACCAGAAAAUGCGGUCUUUAUUGCACUCAUUCAGCGGAAAAACUUGAAUGCUUGGAAUCUACCUACUCGGUAUGAGCGGUUUGUUGUUGUCUGGUCGGCAGACCCGCCGUUUAAUAUGCUGGCCAUGAGUAAAUAUCCACUGCUCAUGUCUAAUGAGACUACGUCUGGGUGGACUGCAGAGGAAACUUGGGAUGAUGUUCCGGAGGGGGGAAAAGAUGGAAAUGGUGAAAUGUAUGGGGAAGAGAGAGAGCAUUGGGGCGUGUUCACGUAUACUACUUCUAUUGCCUGGGCAUGGGGACGGGAAGAAGGAGAUAUUAGGGAGAAAGGUACGGGUUUCCUAGAUGAUGAGGUUGUGUUGAGUGUUGGUGUUGAUGAUGUGGGAAUGGUGUUUGCAAAAGUCUUAGUGUCUGAGUCGUUGGUUUGUUUGAGGGUUUGUCCUGGGGCUGAUUGA